AUGGCCACACUUGCGGUUUCCUCCCAUCUCCCCGUUCAUGGUAUCACCAUCGAUUUCACCAGGUCGAGAACGAACAUAGAAUCUGCUGAAGUACGCAUUGGCAGAUCCAGUUCGCAAAUUCAACGCGAUGCGGGAAAGAGUUUCCAACAGAAGUUUUCUCCGCCCAUGGUGCUUUCUCAUAGAGAUUCGUUUUCCUUGCACAUUCAGUACAAGAAAUGCUUUGUGACGAAGAUCAAAAACAUCAAUCUCAAAACAGGUGACAUGUUCCGAAUGUAUAGUGAAAACGAAGAACAAGAGUACGUGGAGCUUCAUAAAAAAAUCAGGAUCAUCGUCGCCCUUUCCGAAGCUGAACUCCGGUCUACUAGCUCUGACAUAUUUCAGAAAUGUCCUCGGUUCCGAAUUCUGGUGAUAGGAAAGUCUGGUGUCGGCAAGUCAUCACUCAUCAGCUACGCAUUUGGAGUGGAAAAAAAUAUCAUUUCCGAGAAUCAGCCAGGCGCUGCCGACAUCGAAAAGGAACUCAAGUCACCUCAGAACAAAAGGUUUGUUCUCCACGAUAGCAAAGGUUUUGAAGCAGGGGACAGGUACAACCUCGAAAUAGUUCGAGACUUCAUUGUCCGUCGGAAGGGAAUGUCUCCGGAACAUCAAUUGCAUGCUAUUUGGUUUUGCUUUGAGAUACCUCGUGCAGGCGGACCUUUUCUAGAGAACGGAGCAGAGGAAUUCUUAGAAUGGAAAAGGAGUGGGAUACUGGGAGACGUUCCCGUUAUCAUCGUGUUCACUAAGUACGAUAUGCUCAUCGAUCGCAUGGAGCGAACUCUGGCUCAAACCACUCUCGAUGGAUCGGAUGACGAAGUCAUCAAGAAACACGCCAGGGACGAAGCAAAAGCCGAGCUGCAGAAUAUCUGCGUUGGACCUCUACAGGCACUUCCAGGGCCUGAUAUUCCCUAUGCUGCGGUCUCUGCUGAAGAAGACUUCAGGGGGACACUCAGCGACCUGGUGGAAAAAACCAAACACUGCAUCGAUCAGCAUUCUGCUCCCGACUCUGAGGCCGCAGUGAUGAGCUCCGUCGCUCAGCGAGUGCAUCCUGGACUCAACAUAGACGCAUCGAUCAAGGUUGGCAAGAAAAGAUAUUGGAAGUCGCUUGCAUCAUGCGCAUUGUUCAAGAACCACCAGAUGGUGCAUUGUCUAGAUGUGCUUCACACUGACAUCGUUGACGUGUGGAACUUCUAUGACCCUCAAUCUCACUUGCAUGGCACGAAUUUCAAGGGUAUGAUGAGGAAGAUGGUCAAUGAUACAACAGCUGAACGUACACGUGCCAAUCCCAUCCAGAACAUAGGUUCUUGGUUGUCCGUAGUGGGCGCUAUUGCUGGUAUUGUGGCCGCCGUGGCCGCAGCGGGACCUGCGGCACCCAUCGCAGCACCCAUCGCAGCAGGCGCCGUACUUGCCGUAUAUGUUGGCCAAGUAUACCAGACAUGCCGUGCGGCGAUUCAGAGCUCCAUGGCCUACAUCGCCCACUUGACGCUUGUGUUGCAGACACUCUAUCUCCUGUCAGAAAGUCAGGCACUCACACUUAGGGCUAUCGAGCUCGCGUUCAAAGCCUACGACGCCUCUCCAAUGAAGGAAGAAGUGUUUACUUGGAUUCAGGAUUAUGUUACGUCGUUGACCGCCCUGGAUGUCGCGGAUGAAGAUAUCAUGGAGAAAGUCAUCGAGGUGAUACAAUUUUAUAAGAUCGAUGCGGCACAAGUGUCCAAACUUCGGGAACAGAUCCCCCAUGUAGAUUUGUCGGCACCGGACGGAUCAUAGAGAAAAUAGAGGUCGUAGCACUCGAUUCAUUUCUUCUGUGGAUAGUUUUGCUGGUGAGCAGGGCCCGGAACAGACGGUGCUCGCUUGUACUAUACAACUAUAUCUAUCAUAACAAUGUAACAUGUGAUAUAUUAACGCCCUGGACUUACUGCUAUCGAUCAAGCCUUCCAGUGUCAUGGUGCCAAGGUAAUAAAACAAUCCGUAAAAA